GUUUAGCUAUAGAAAGCCUAGUCAAAGUUGCCCUGAGAGGAUGGCUACACAGAUUGAAGCAAAGGAAAGGGAGAGCUCCUAUGAAUCCUAUAUAACUAAUGAAUGGAUACAGUUAGAAAAGGUAAGGAAAGGCAGUGAUGAGGAAGAGCCAAUGGAAGGAGUUCAGUUUUCAGUACAAAGCCUCAGUCAGUGUCUACACAUGGUUGAAGCAGAAGAAAUGAUGAGCAGCAACUACAGGAUAAAGACAACAGCUAGUCUAGGACGCAAAGAAGGCUCAUAUAGGAUUGAGAGAAAGAGAAAAGCACCAACACCAGGGAAUGAUUACAGUAAAAGACCAUUAACUGAAGCAGCAAUAGCUGAAGUAAAAGAAGCUUCUAGGAUAGUUGAUGUCAUUAAGAAUGACUCAUUAGCAUGGUGUGGCAUUAGAGCAGGGUCAGUAAGAGAUAUGACAAUAGACACCAGGAGUGGAGUCAUUACAUGCCCUAGCACUACAGUAAUGCAUUCACCAUCAAAAGAGCAUGAAGUAGUCCCAUUACCUCAGGUUAGCACAUCAAGUGAUGCAAUGUCUACUGAAGAUAAAAGUGCAUUAAGUAACUGUCCUAGAGACAUAGCAGUUGCAUGGAAUGAUCCAGAAGGUCAACUCUCACCUCCCUCUCUUACCACAAACAUACCAGGGGUCUCCAAUGAAUACAGAAAAAGGACAAGUGCACACUUCAGCAGUGAAAUUUUCCCACAAAACAACACAACCAAAACUAGCAAAAAACAUAAGACAAAACAAGAAACAGACAUCGAUCAGGAAUUUGCAAGAUGCAUUGACUUUAAUACAAGCCAGACUAGCCUUCAUAUCCAAAAGAAUACUACACCUUCUACCACAAGUUUCCACAAUAAGAAGGAGCAUAGCAAAAAUAUUGAGGAUAUGCCAAGUACAGGUACCAUUACAAUUGAGCCAGUGAAUGACAGUACACCAUUACUGUCCGAUGGAGCAUUCACAUGGUGGAAUAUUGAUCCAAUGGUUGAAAGCAUUACAAUAAAGGAAAUACCAAAAUGUCAGUAUCCAUCAGAUUUAUUCAAUAACACGUCAAGAUAUGGCACAGUCAAGAUAUCAUUAAGCAUCAAGAGUAUACUGGAGUGUUAUGAAAGACACUAUAAGAACAUGGAUGAGACAGAUGAAGACAAAGAAGCUAGUGAUGAAGAUGGUGGCAAGAGAAAGAUCCUUUUCAAAAAUGGAGGCACUUUGGGAUACAAGCAUGAAACAUGUUACAUUAUCAUAGUCUGCAUGACAGGGAGAGAUGGGAGUGACCCUCUACCCCAAUUCACUAAUCUUCCAGGAGCUGAUAUUAGCAGUGGAAUACAAUUACACAUUAAUUGUCCAUACAGUAUGAUAAAUGGGGAAACUGUGAGGUGGGAUCAUUACAAAUUCGCUUUUCAUUUCCCAAAAGAGAAAGACGUAGAGCCAACUUUUCAACUCAACCCAAAAGACAUUGAAUUAUCGUUUGUCAAACAUAGCAUUUAUCGAAGGGCAGGGACCGGGAAACCAGUCCCAGUCCCGUGGUGCACUAAUUAUUACAAAUGCACCGAUUAUCAUUUGAGUAGAACUGAGAUGAAAAGAAAAAAAGAGAAAGUGCAAGAAAAAUUGAAAGAAGACAAAGCAAGAGCAAUCAAUAAUAACUACUAGCAAGAGUCUACUAGCUAGUUUCAAUAUUAUACCUGUAGUAUUUUCAUUUUGUAAUUGUUCCAUUUAUUACUAUUUAAUUUAUUGAUCAUGCUAUUUAUAAUUGAUUCUUGUUUGUGUGUUAUUUAUUUAUUUAUUAUUGUAUGAUUUAUUGAUAAUUUAUGCAUUAAUCUAUUCUAAGUAACUCAUGAA